CGACUCCGCGACCCAGCGCCCUCUGUCGUAUCUCAAUCGGAAACACACACACACACACACACAUACGCACUCACAAGACAACAUACGCCUGGACAAACCUAGUGCUUACCGCCAUGUCUACCAGGCUACGCGCCGUGAGCCGCCUGCCGCGGCAGCUAUCCCGUCGCAGCUUUGCCAUGAGCGCCCGGCGCGCGCAAUCGGCCUUCGGGUCGGGCCCGUCGCCGCCGCGGUUGCCCAAGGAGGAACAGGAGAUCUUCGAGAGGCUCCAGAAGCAGAGCACGGGUGCGUUUAGCACACCGCGGGCCAGCAGCAACCAAGGAGAAGGAGAAGAAGAUGCAUUUGCCGCUUCGGCGCGGCCAAAUGUGCGUAUGCAAAUCAACCAAUCACCUGACUCCUUGUCGUCAUCGUCAUCCUCUUCUUCUUCUUCUUCUUCUUCUUCUUCUUCUUCAACGUCUUCCACGUCGUCACGCCCGCAGAUCAAUCAAUCGCCCGACUCAGCAGAUGCAGCAGAGAUCAGGUUUGAGAAUGGCAGAGAGAUUAGGCAGGGAGAAGAGUUUCAUCCUAAUUUGAGGAGGGGCGCGGCACCAGAGUUUGAGGGCGACGUCAAUCCCAAGACGGGCGAGGUGGGGGGCCCCAAGAACGAGCCGUUGCGGUGGGGUGCGGUGGGGGACUGGAGUUAUAAUGGGCGGGUGACUGAUUUUUGAGAGACUGGUUGUGCUGUGUAUGUGGUGUUUGUAUAUGUGGUGUCUGUGUAGUCUGUGUAGUCCGUGUGAGAGCGAACACGAAGUUCCUUUUUUUUUGGCCAAGGAGAACGGGGCGCUGCAUGUGCAUGUCUGGGCGAAACCAGCGCGUGUUGAAACGGCAGGACCAUUGC